GAUAUCCAAAGGGUUUGAGAUAGGAAGUGCCGUCCACGAUCUUCGUCUCUGUGUUUGUCCUCUCUCUCACAAAAUUGAAUUGGUCAUUCUCUAUUACAACCUCUGUUUUCAUACAAGACAGAGAGUCAUUUUUAACUUUUGUCCGGGCAAAGUCUGCAGCAUCAGAAUCCCGAACUGAAAGCUGCCAUGAAGUAUUUCGGUCGCCUGACUAUUUCACGAUGCAAUUCAAAAUCAUCUUCUUCGGUGUUGGUGUCGGAUCCGGUCCCAUCUGAUGUCCUAAUGGACAUCAUCUCGAGAUUGCCGGCGAAAUCUGUAGGCAAGUGCCGUUGCGUUUGCAAGUUUUGGGCUUUGAUACUUGGGCUUCCCGAGUUUGAAGAGUUGUUCCUGAGCAAGUCUUUGUCUCGUCCUCGUCAGUUUCUGUUCGCCGCCGUCAUAGAUGACCCUGGAGCAGUUCCUUUCUUCACUUCACAACCUCCUCAUCAGAUUCAAAAUCCGCCUCUUGUAUGGGUGACUCCUCACCACACGUAUUUGCCUGCUGGUGGGUUAUCUAAGAUUUCUCAACCUGUUCGUGGAUGGGUCUGUAUUGAAGAUGGGACAGGGAUGUUUGUGGUUUGUAAUCCAAUCACAGGGGAAUAUGUAAUCUUACCUACCUUGAAAGAGAAGAUGAUGAUCUGGGUGAAAAUGUCUUUGGGGUAUGAUCCGGUGGACAAACAGUUCAAGGUAUUGUGCUCGACUUGGUCACCAUUCAAUUCACUAAGUAUUCCUGCGGAGCAUUAUGUUCUAACGUUAGGAGAACAAAUGGUUUGGCGAACCAUUGAAUGUUGCAGACCUAUUCGUCAUCUUGUACAAGGCGGUGAUGGUAUUUGCAUCAAUGGCCUUUUGUAUUAUAUGGCUGAGUCCAAUAACUAUCAAGAUAUUUUCAUAGUUUGUUUUGACACUAGGUUUGAAAAGUUGAGCUUCAUCAACAAACCUGACGGCAUGUGGCCAGUAGGUCUUGAAUCACGACUCGUUAACCACAAGGGCCAACUGGGUAUUAUGCAGUGUUCAAACCCCAAUAGAAUUGAUGGACACGCUACAAGUUUUUGUUUGUGGCUUCUUCAAGGAGGAGGUACCGAAUGGACCAAGCAUAUCUCCCAGUUGCCUUUCUUGUGGUGGAACCUUGCUGGAGAGACUGAGUUGGGCAUAGUUGGAAUCAGGGCAGGUACAUGUGAACUUGUCUUGUCACCGCGGUUUCUAUCAGGCCGGCCUAUCUAUCUUUUCUACUUCGAUCUCGAGCGAAACAUUGUUACAAGCGUUGGAAUCCAAGGUUUUGAAGGGGUUAACUCUAAUAUAUUACUAGCUUACUGCUUCGUAGACUAUGUAGAAAAUCUCAAGCUUAUAUAAAGGGGUUUUUGCUUUGCUUUGCUUUGGCUUUAGACUUUGUAAAACUAUUUUUUCUUGCUUCUAGUUUUUGAUUUUAUUUUUUCUCUUAUUUGUUUUACAUGUAUAACAACAAUCAAACCAUAUGUGUAUAUAAAAGUGUCUUACAUA